CACACCCAACCCCAUAGCUUCUAGCACUACAUCAUUCAUUCAACCACAACACCAGCUAAUAUCCAUCAAACUCACAGACACAAACUACCUACUUUGGAAACAGCAAACCUACAGUGCCAUAAUAGGUUAUGGUCUUGAAAACUUCAUUGCUGCUGAUUCACAUCCACCAGAGAGGUUCAUAUCCACUGAUGGCACAACACCACCCACUCUCAACCCAGCAUAUGCAACAUGGCUAAGGCAAGAUCAGCUGCUUCUAUCUUGGCUUUUAUCCUCCUUGAGUGAAAAUCUCCUCAUAAUGAUGGUUGGCAAGAACACAUCAAAGGAUGUGUGGCUCUCCUUAGAGGCAAACUUCUCUGGUCUCUCCAAGGCACGACUUAUGCACCACAAGCUCCAGCUUCAAACCCUCAAAAAGGGUCCCAGCUCAAUGAGGGAGUUUCUAGGCAAGGUGAAGGCAUGUUGUGAUGCCCUUGGCAUAGCAGGUGAACCUGUUUCUGAUCAAAAUCACAUUCUUUAUAUCCUAGCUGGCCUAGGAAGUGAAUACAACCCAGCUGUGGUAGCAGUGACAUCUAGAGUGGAACCUUACUCCCUCAAUGAGGUGUAUGCUAUGCUUCUCAGCCUCGAGUCAAGGCUAGACAUUGGAGCUCAAAGCAUAGUCAACCCAGAUGGCUCACUGCCAAGUGUUAACCUCUCAUCCACCAAUCCCACUGCUCAGAAGAUUUCACCACCUUUUCCUACCAUCAACACUCAAAGGGGCUCAUAUUCUCAGAGAGGCAGAGGCCGUUCUAACAACUAUAGAGGUCGUGGGGGUCGAGGCUACAGAAAUAACAACAACAACAGACCUUCUUGCCAACUCUGUGGUCUCAACAACCAUACAGCUGAGAGGUGCUUUCAUAGAUAUGACUCAACCUACCCUGCACCAACAACUAUGCAGGCUCAAACUGCUCAGACUCACACUCUCCAUCAACCACUGAACUCAGUGCCAUCACACCUCAAUGCACUGGUCACCUCUCCUGACUCAAGCCAAGACUCCCUGUGGUUUGCUGACUCAGGUGCAUCCAACCAUGUCACUAAUGAACUCUCCAACUUGAACAUUGCUUCAGAAUAUCAAGGACACAACAGGCUUCAUGUUGGUAAUGGCUCAGGUUUGUCCAUCUCACAUAUUGGCAAUUUUAAGUUCAGUACACCCUCACACCCCACUAGACAAUUUCUUCUCAAAAACUUACUCCAUGUACCUCAUAUCACCAAAAACUUACUCAGU